GAGAGCCAGAAGAGAGACGGCGCACGAGAGGAAAGAGCGCGCGCGCGGCCGCUGAAACACAAAGGCUCCUCUGACAUCAGUGCUCGUGCGAGCUCGUGCGGAUAGUGCAGAUCUCCUGCAGGGUCUGAGUGUGUCCUGCAAGCCCUGCUGAUCCUCCUCCACUGACAGACAUGCACGAGAGCGAGAUGAGGCUGAAGAUGCGCGUCAGGCGUAUUAAAGAAGGGAGAGAUCUGAGAGGUGGCUUUGCAGCGUUCUCGUCUUGUUUCCCUGACCUGUGUGAGAGUAAACCAGCCACUAUUGUACCUCUCAGCCUGUCCCAGCCCUGUUUACCUGUGGCCAACAUCGGUCCGACCCGAAUCCUGCCACACCUGUACCUGGGCUCUCAGAGAGACGUCCUCAAUAAGGAACUGAUGACUCAGAAUGGUAUCACAUAUGUUUUGAAUGCCAGCAACACAUGUCCCAAACCUGACUUCAUCAGCGACAAGCACUUCAUGCGCAUUCCCGUCAACGACAGCUACUGUGAGAAGCUGCUUCCUUGGUUGGAUGACAGCAAUGAGUUCAUUGACAAAGCCAAAGUGUCAAACUGCAGAGUCAUCGUCCACUGCUUGGCUGGCAUAUCCCGCUCUGCAACCAUUGCCAUUGCCUACAUCAUGAAAACUAUGGGCCUGUCUUCCGACGAUGCCUACAGGUUUGUGAAGGACCGUCGGCCAUCGAUAUCUCCAAAUUUCAACUUCUUGGGUCAACUCCUGGAGUUCGAGAGAGGCUUGCAGAUGAAGAAGAGUCCCAUAAGGUCGUCGGUGAAACCCACUGAAGAGUUGGCGGAUGUCCGACAGAUGGAGAGCGAUCCCUGCGACCAGAGGAAUCCUCAAACUACAGAGAUCACUCCGUCGCCAACCUCACUGCAGAAAGACCUCAGCUCCCUUCACCUGUCCACCGAACGAAUCCUUCAAAACAAACGGCUCAAGUGCUCCUUCUCCCUCGACAUCAAGUCUGUUUACUCGGAGAGACAAAACCAGCAAGACAUCCCCAAACUCUGCAGACUCGACAGCCUAAAGUCGACUAACGGAGUGUGUCAACACCCGUCAGACUCGCAGUGUGCCAACAAGACAAGAACGAUCCAACAAAGAGAGAGGUGGGAAAAUGGUGGCUUUGAGAGGUUAUCCACCACCACUCUGUCCCUCAAUCUGAAGAAGGGAAACUGCGGGCCAAGAUCGCAGGAUCCCAUUCGCGAGACCAACUUGAAGGCGCCUACUUUCCUCAGCUUGCCGCUGGGUUCAUCUGCUAAUUGGACCACGCACAGAGGCUCGAAUCAAGCCAGCACCCCGAUCACACCCACGGGUGACUGCCCUUGGUUCUUAGGCACCAAUUUGGCACCGUCUACUGGGAACCCAAUGCACUUUGGCACCGGUCCUGCUUUCACGGCUUACAGUUCUGGCACCUCAAAGCCAAGCGUACGCCGCAGGGACGAAACACAGGACUUUCAGAACAGCUGGCUCGAGGAAGGGAAAGUUUGCGGUGUAUCGCAAGUGGACACGAAGUACAAGCGGCGCAGCUGCCAGAUGGAGUUUGAAGAGGGGAUUAACACAACACAAAGCAGCGAGGAAUUUGGGAAGCUGGGAAAGCAGUCCAGUUUCUCCGGGAGCGUGGAGAUCAUCGAGGUAUCAUGACAAAGAUGACGAUCUAAUAACUCCAGAGUUCAAGAGAGCUUUGCAUCUAAGAGGGACUGAUGUGUGCCGCCUUUUUCAGGCUAUGGGUUGAAGUUGAGGAAAUGUAUUGGGGAUGAACGGAUACGCAUUGGUUUUGCAAAAAGCAAAGAAUACCCUACCCUAUCUCACGACCAAUUCGUACGAGUGAUUAAAAAGUGGCUAAUUCGUACGACCUCACUCGUACCAAUUCAU